AUGCCAAAAGUCCCGAAAUCAGGCAAAACGCAGCGCAAGGACCCUCUCCAAGGUACCCGCAAGUCUGCAUCGACAGCAAAGACCAAUGGAGCCAGCAAGCCUCCCUCAGAAGACCACCCGCCAAAGUAUCUUUUCCAAUGUGCUUUGGUCGACAGUGAAGACCCUAUGAUAACACGCAUGUUGUCAGUGCCCUCCACUUUCACAUUGGACCAGAUGCACGAUGUCAUGCAGAUUUCUUUUGGAUGGGAAAAUUCCCAUCUGUGGCAAUUUGAGUUGCAUAGCAUCUUCUCUAGCGAGGACGAGGAGGAUGACGACUACGAGAUGGUUGGGAACAUGCCGCUACUGACUUUCAUGAAUGACCCGAGAGAUAGGGCCUCAAUAGAUCCCUCACGCGCAGAUACAUUCAAACCUACUUCUUGGAAGCUCUCCGACAUAUUCGAGAACGAAAAGUAUCGUUCUAAAGCCAACCUCAGAUACAUGUACGACUUCGGCGAUGAUUGGGAGCACGACAUCAUAUUCCUCGGUAUUGAGGAUCCAGGACUUCGCAAAGCUUUGAUGCCUGAUGCCGAGUACAAUCAUCCCCUGUGUUUUGGUGGAGAAGGCCAUCCGUGUGCUGAAGAUUGUGGUGGAGCACCAGGUUGGGCCCACCUCAAAUCAGUGCUCACCAAACCACGAGCGCGUGAUCCAGAAGAUCUCAAGGACUGGUACAAGAGAUACUGUACCAAUGGGGACCCCAAAGGUCUCGACCCUUACAGAUGGAACAUCUUGGAUGUCAACGACCGACUCGACCUGCUGAAAGCCUGAUGUUGGCAUCCAACUUUACGCGCGAGUUUGAUCUUCUGCGUACGCACCCUGCUGAGAAUUUUGCCUCGAGGCUAUCCGACGCUUCUCUCUUCACUUUGCAAAGUAUUGUCGCCCUGUCCCAGUGCAGAGGGCAGAUGUCCCAUUAUGCCCCAAAUUCUCUCCGCCUUGCGCGCUUCAGGUUUGCUGUAGCACCCAUGGCUUUCUUCAUUCCCUGUCGUUAUAGCUAGCAUGAGAGAUGGUAGCAUGAAGCCUCGUGCUCCAUU